UUAGAAAAGUUUAUUGGAUACAAAAAUGAUUGCCUACCCUGCUGCCAAAUUUCAAUCCCGUACGACCAUUUUUUACUCCUAAUUUUUUCUCACAAGAUUCCAUAACCUCGACCGAGCAGUUUUAUUCGUCGCUAUCGGCAACGUCGCCCGUUCGUGGCGAGCCAGUGUGAAAUGAAAAGAAACGUCUGCAACAUCAAGCGCUGUUCGUCGCCGACGGCUCAAAACGGAGUGGGCCUGGCGAAAAAAUCCCGCACGGAAAACGUCGUCCGAGAGCAACUCGGCCGAUUCGUCUGUAACUUUGUCCAAAGACCGGGCAACACGUACCACCUGUACCAAAAAGACUCCGGACAGACGUAUUUCAGCAUGCUCUCGCCGCAGGAGUGGAUCGAGCCUCCCCACCUGUACGUAGGCAGUUGGCGGCUCGAGACGGAUCGCACUUGGACCAGGACGCAACCGGAGUCCGAAAACGAAAUGGAAAGCGAAUAAAACAUGCAAUCAACUAUAAAAUUUAAUAAAU